GGGAAUCAUUGCCUUGACUCCAGGGGAACUGUACAUGUUGGAUGCAUCUCUCCAUCCCCUCUCACUCUCUCUUCUCUCCCCACCCCUCUCCCUGCCUCCUGCCUUGAUUUUUUUUUUUUUGGAAGUGGGACCCAAACAAAAGGGACCCUGGAUUUAUGCUCGUUUUUGUGUUUUUUUCCGGGUGAGACAGACAGACAGGCAGACAAACAAACACAAACGGUGCUGGGGGAGGGCUUUCCCUCCUGCUUUGCCCAGCGGCAGCAUGGAUGUGUUGGCUAGUUAUAGUAUAUUUCAGGAGCUGCAACUUGUCCACGACACCGGCUACUUCUCAGCUUUGCCAUCCCUGGAGGAGAACUGGCAGCAGACGUGCCUCGAACUGGAACGCUACCUGCAGACGGAGCCCAGGCGGAUCUCAGAGACCUUUGGCGAAGACUUGGACUGUUUCCUCCACGCCUCCCCGUCCCCGGGCAUCGAAGAGAGCAUCCGCAGGCUGGACCCCCUCCUGCUCCCCAUGGAGGCGGCCGCCUGCGACAAGGGCGCGGCCAUGGACCUGCUGCUCUCCCGUGACAAGCUACUGUCCGAGACCUGCCUCAGCCUGCAGCCGGCCGGCUCCGCCUUAGAGGCCUACACGGCGGUCAACCAGGCCCAGCUCAACGCAGUGACCUCACUCACACCCCCUUCCUCGCCCGAGCUCAGCCGGCACCUGGUCAAAACCUCCCAGACUCUCUCGGCCGUGGACGGCACGGUGAUGUUGAAACUGGUGGCCAAGAAGGCGGCGCUCGGCUCGGUCAAGGUGGGUGGGAUGGCCGCGGCCGCGGCGGUCGGAGCGAUGAAGGGCGGACUGAGCGACGGCGAGCAGGGAGGGGCGGCGGCGGAGGCGUCCCCGGAAAACAAGAAGAGGGUUCAUCGCUGUCAGUUUAAUGGCUGCCGGAAAGUUUAUACAAAAAGCUCCCACUUAAAGGCUCACCAGAGGACUCAUACAGGUGAGAAGCCUUACAAAUGCUCGUGGGAAGGAUGCGAAUGGCGCUUUGCACGAAGUGACGAGCUAACACGACACUACAGGAAACACACGGGGGCGAAACCAUUCAAAUGCAACCAUUGCGACAGGACUGAGCUAUCGAGAUCCUUUCAAGUCAACACCAAUGGCCUUACCGGCAGGAGACUCUGGCCAACGGGGUAGAGAAUUCACAAAGGAGGAAUCUUCCUCUCGUCCUUUUUUGACGUUUGCACACCAUAUGCACUAGGGAUUUUGGAAUCUUCUAGCAUGACUUCAAGUGGCCAAGAGAAUCAAGUCCCCAAAAGGAGUCAGUGUAAACCCUCUGGGCUCCCGUGACUGCCGUAGCUAGAUUAUUUUCUUUUUAAAUACUCUCUGUCUCGCUCUGACUUUGGUUAAUGAAAACUUGAAAAGCUCAUUUGGAAGCUUAAAUGUUUUAUCUUUUCUCCCCGGACUGGCGAUCUCCGUGACACUCUCUCAGUUUGGACGGGGGACCUGGGGCCUGAACCCGGAGCCUCGACAGAUUCUGUGGCGUUCCAUCGCCUCUCCCGCCCUACUCCGUCCCCCCGGCGACCGACUCUCAGCCCAGACGCCAUUUGUCUCAGAGGACAGCUGAAUUUUUUUGAACCUAACUGUGGGUUGUUCCCUGACCAGAAGCCAAAAAUACCACUCCAUCUCCACUUGGAAGAGCAGCGAGGAUGUUUCCCAAUUCCGGGGAGGGCGGGGUGGGGGGUCGACCGGAGAUUCUCCGUCACGCCCACCCACCUCAUGGAUUAACCCACUUGUCUAAACAAAGUACAGAUUUCCAGGGUCAAGCUCCAUGGUGGGGCAAGGGCUGACGUUAGCGUUGAGAGUUCUCCGUGGAGCCGGUCUCUGUAGGAAGGAUGGGUCGCUGACCUCCAGGGCCGCUGGCACCCGACAGGUGCGCCGAUUUCAUCCCAGACCAACGGGACCCUCGAAUUUACUCCGGCAAGGGGAAGCCCUCCAGCUAAAUCGGACCUUGGCCUGAAGCGGUGUCCUUCCUCUACCCCCCACCCCCACACACAUCCAUACAUACACACCCCCUCCCACUCACCGGUCUCUGCCUCCCUGAAUCUCUUGCUAGUUGGGGCCGGCCUCCACUCCAAAGACUGCUUUUAGGACCGUCCCGUGGCCACCACAGGCAGGUGGCGGGGGGGCGGGGGUCAUUAGGACAGGUUGUAUAUUUUGUAUAUUCUGGGACCAUCCCCUUCAAAGGCACAUCUGAGAACAAACAGAAGGGGCCGCGAUCCACAGGCCGUUACCGCUCCUCUUCCCCGGCCAGCAUCUUUGCCCUCGUCCUCCUCCAACCAUUCUGACUCACCGGCCAUUGAGAUGGGGCAGCUGGCCCAGGAGGGGAGGCGAGGGGAUGCCAGACUCCUCCGAGUCGGACCGGCUCCGGAAGGGUAGCCAGCGGGAUCCCGGGCUCUCGAUUCUUCCACUCUCCACACCUGGGAUUUCACUGCGUUACGGCGACUCUUCUGGAAGUGAACCAACGAGUCUCUCGAUCACAAACACUGUGUGGCUGGCA